AUGCGAUCUUGGUUCUUCCGAAAUUCGUCUGAAUGGUCAUUGCAUAAAUUGAUGUUCGACAUAAUUCUCACUCUAAGACCAUUCAAUUUAAUUCAAUGGCUUAUUUUGACAAUGAUUUCAAUGACAUUAAGUACUUAUCUAAAUGUAUCUUUCUUUUCCACGGUUACAACUGAUGUUGAACAAGGUUUGAAAUAUCUUUUUUUAAUGAUCAUAUUUGAGAAUAUCACUUCGUAUUGUUCAUUGCAACAAAGUGUAGCUAAAAAGACAUUUAUUCUUGAUUUUCUUGAAUGUUUUCGAACAAAACUAAAUCAAAGAAUUCUCAGUACCAAUUGGAUUAAAAUUAAACUAUCUGAUCAAGAAGAUAUUCGACAAAAAAUAGAAAAAGCUUGUUCUUCUACUGAAUGUCUUGUUGAAGACUUAAUUGAUCAAUUCAGAAAAAUCUUUAAAUUAAUUUUGGCAAUCAUUACCAUAUUCUACAUAUGUCCAAUAGCAACAAUCUUAAUUGGAAUUAUUUAUAUAUCUUCCUAUUAUUUCUAUUUACACCAACAAAAUAGCCAUUUACUCGAUCUUAAAAAAGAAAUCUCCGAAAAAUAUAAUAAAUUAUAUUUAAAAUAUUUUCGUGCAAAAUCAAAUAUGUUUGAAUAUGUAAUUCAUCAUGAAAAAAAUAAAAUUAUUCACUUGACUAAUGAAUUAAAGAUCGAUAUGGACAAACAAUGGUUUUCUCUUACUUAUCUUUAUCAUAAUUUAUCAUUCAAAGAAGAUAUACUUGGUGAAUUAUGUAUAUUUACAACGAUUAUCGUUUAUUAUAUAUUAAAUGGAACUAGUACAUUUAGCAUUCCAUUGUAUCAUCAUCUAACAAAACUUACCUAUACUAUGCAUUCGAUACUUAUGUCAUAUAUUCGUUGGAUAAGAUUAAAAAAAGAUUAUGAUCUUGUUAGACCAAUACUUGAAGAAUAUGAUGAACGGAUGAAUGUUGAACAGAUCGAUUUACAAUAUGAAUUUCAAAUUGAAAAUCUUUCAUUUAAAUACAAAGGAAAACGAGAAGAAUUUCAUUUGCAAUAUACAAUCUAUUAA